UGUCUACCAUGCCUGAGGGAGCCUAUGUGAAUCGCGAGGAGGAAAGGAUGGUGGGGCAGGAGUCAGACGGUAAGGAGGCUCGGCUUCUGGAGCACAUCGCCCAAACAGUCCCCGCGAACGACCCGCAAGCAGUGAUUAGCGCCAUCGAUUCCUACGCGUGGUCCAGCCCGGAGUUUUUCAUGAACGUCGGCGACGUGAAAGGUGCAAUUUUAGACGACGCCGUCCGUCGCGCGAAUCCCCUCAGCGCACUCGAGCUCGGCGCGUUCUGCGGGUACUCGGCGGUUCGAAUCGCUUCGCGCUUUUCGAAGCCGGGAGCUCGGUUGGUGUCUGUGGAGCUGAGCGACCUCCGUUCGUCCGUCGUCCGCAGCGUCGUCGCUCACGCAGGCCUCAGCGACAAAGUUACUGUCGUUACAGGCACGCUGCAGACUUCAACAGAUGAAAUUCGGCAAGGUGCGAGCAAGGUUCCAUUCGAUCUAGUCUUCAUCGAUCACGUGAAGCACCUCUACCUACCAGACCUCUUUUUUCUCAGAGACCAGAAGCUCAUCGGACUAGGAACUAUCAUUGUGGCUGAUAACAUUGUCUAUCCGGGGUCUCCUGAUUAUCUCGAAUUCAUGGAGAAGAGCUCGGAGUUUGUGACUGAAAAGAGGGAGACUACCGCUACUACGCCAAUUCUAGGUUGAAAUUAAGGCACCCUGACUUG